AACAAAACAACAAAUAUGAAGAUGUUUAAAACUAUAAUAUUAAUUUUAUCAAUUACGCAAUACAUACAAGCCGAAUGUCCUGAAGGAUGCAAAGACUCGAAUCUGCUGUAUGAAGGACUAGAAUGUAAGCCGAUAUAUGAGAAGCCGGAUGAUUGUUGUCCGAUGAAAUAUGACUGUUCGCAUCUGGAAAAGCUGCCCGAAGAUCAAUGCUACUUCAGAGGUAAACUAUUCGGCAACGCGGAUAAGUUGCCAGAAGAAACUUACGAGAAUUGUAAUGUUGGAUGCAGGUGUAGAUCUGGUGAAGUGACCUGUGCUAUUCUGGAUUGUCCCGAAUGGUUGGGAGUACGACCCGAUCCAGGUUGUCACUUGAAAUACAGCUUAAAUAAAUGCUGCGCCGCAGGAGAAGUCUGCCCACCAUUUGAAGAGAGCUCAAAAUGCAAAGUAGGCAAUGAAACGUAUUUGGAAGGCCAGAGGUUUUCGCCCCCUGAUCAACCUUGCACAAAAUGCGUGUGCAUGGAAGGAUUCGCCGGUGAAUUCGUAGAGCCGUUCUGCAAGAAAUCAACGUGCGAUACAGAGUUGAGGCAUAUCCAGGACAUUAGGAAGAACUGCGCUCCUGCCUACUACGAUAAGAACGAUUGUUGUCCAUACGAUUUUAUUUGUCCGAAAAAUGAUACCAUCAUCUCUGCAGCGAAGCCCAAGGGAAGCUCAGAUCUGCAAUGUAAGUAUGGCAGCAAAUUGAUGGGCGUUGGUGAUAAAUUCGAAAGAUCCGAAAAAGAAAGCGAUACAACGACCUUAGAAAUUAAAUGUGAAUGCGCGAUGCCACCUUUCGUUUCAUGUAUAAAGAAAUACGUGUAUUCAUCGUGAAUUCAUUAAAAUACUUUUAUUA